AUGUCUCAAUCAUUCACUCCCGCCGACGUUGCCGCCCACAACACUGCCGACAAAGGCCUCUACAUCAUCGUCGAUAGCAAUGUCUACGAUGUAACCAACUUCAUCGACGAGCACCCCGGCGGUGCGAAGAUCCUCAAGCGCGUAGCGGGCAAGGAUGCUUCAAAGCAGUUCUGGAAGUACCACAACGAAUCCGUACUGAAGAAGUACUCGCCCAAGCUGAAGGUCGGCGAGGUCAAGGAAGCCGCGAAGCUGUGA